AUGGAAAACAAAGCCGAAGACUAUCCAACGACCUCCCCUCUCGAGCGUCUGACCUCAUACUACUUUCCUGCCUCCUCCUCCUCCUCCUCCUCUUCCACAACACCUACCACCUCGACCUACCCGACAGACCCAUCGCUCUUCGUCCGCUUAGAACAGUACCUCCUCGCUUCCCCUACUUCGGUUGCGAUCGUCUCGAGCGUCGGGACCACAGGGCUCGUACUGGGCAGCCUAGUGUUCUAUAGACGGUAUUGGAGAAGGAUCCCCAAUGCCGAGGCUGUUCCCGGGAGGACGAUACAGAAUAAACGGUUCAUCAGGGGGAUAGUCACUUCGGUAGGAGACGGCGAUGGAUUCCGGAUAUACCAUACCCCAGGCCCGUUCUAUUCGUACCCUUUCAGAUUCCGUAACGUUCCUGAGACGUCCAAAGAGCUCAAGGACCAGACGAUCAGUAUACGGAUAGCAGGAAUAGACGCCCCCGAGACGGCGCACUUUGGCCGACCAGCCCAGGCGCACUCUCAAGAAUCUCUUGACUGGCUCAGAGAGCGCCUACUCCAGCCCGCUCGGAAACGGGUCAAAGUGCAGGUGUUGAGAAGGGACCAGUAUGGACGGAUCGUUGGAAUUCCCUAUGUCCGACGCCUUUUACUGCCUGAUCAACCGUUACCUAUCGAGAUGCUCAAGCGAGGGAUGGCGGUCGUCUACGAGUCUGCCGGCGCAGAGUAUGGCCCUUGGGGGUUGACCAAGUUGAAAGAGCUUGAAGCUACUGCCAAAUCGGCCAAGGUCGGUAUCUGGUCAUUACCAGCGUCCAAGUUCGAACACCCUGCGGACUACAAGAAACGGCACAAGAUCGGGGACGACCCCGUCUCCCCAGCCAGCAAGACUGCCGAAGCGGCUGCGGUAGUAGGGAAGGGAGUCUGGGGAUGGGUCAAGGGGUGGUGGAGGCGAUAA